AUUGUUGGGCCAUAUGAAGAGAAAGGCUGUAGAUAUUCGUGAUGCUUUAUACUCCAUUGAUGAGAACAUCCUGAAGCCAGAGGUGCUCAGGCAGCUCUUGGCUUAUGCACCUAACUCUGAUGAGGUGGAGCGGUAUGAUGCCUACACUGGCUCUGUAAGCAGCCUCAGUAAACCAGAUCAGUUUGGCUACCAGAUCAGCAGAGUCCCAGGGUUUCAACAAAGACUUCAGGCAUUACUUUUCAAAGUGAAUUUUGCCGAAAAAGUGGAGGAAGUCAAAGAAAGUUUAAAAUGCAUGAAAAAAGCAUCUCAAGAAUUACGACAGAGUAAAAAACUAGCAAAAGUUUUAGAGCUUGUGUUGGCUAUGGGAAACCAUUUGAAUAAAGGCAACCAGAGAGUGGGACAGGCAGCUGCUUUUAGGAUUAAGUUCCUGACAGAGCUUGACAUCACCAAGACCAGUGACAACAGGUCCACAUUCCUGCAUGUAUUGGCCAAUGCUGUCCACGACAAUUUCCCAGAUGUGCUGAAGAUGAGAGAUGAGUUGCCCUCUGUGCCAGAUGCCGCAAAAGUGACAGAGUCAGUAUCACAACAGACAAUAUCUGAAGAUUUGGCAGAGCUGAGGAAAGUUCUUCAGGAUGCUAAAUCUAUUGUUGAUAAGAUCAGGGAUAUCUCAGAAGCAGUGACAAAGGCUGGAUCACAGAGACAGAUGAUGGGCUGUGAAGACAGAUUCCAAGAAGUCAUGGGACAUUUCAUUUCCAGUGCUUCAGAUGAAAUCCAGUCUUUAUUCAGUCUUCAGAAUUCAACUCUGGAAGAAUAUAAUGAAAUGGUGAAGUACUUUGGAGAAGAUCCAAAGGACUCCAAUGCAAACAACAUUUUUGCAAGCUUUGCUCAAUUUAUUACAAAGUUUGAGAAAGCUCAUCACCAGAAUGUACUGUUCAAAAGGCACUGAUAUUUCAAGCGUAAAACAGAACUCAAGGAACCAUCAGACCUUGCCAUUGUGUUAUUAAUUUUCUUUUUCAUUUAUUUGCCUUGCUGUUUGCAAGUCUACAAGGACCAGUCAACUGAAAUCAAAUUGUUUGAAGUAUAAACCGAGUCAACUGAGAUCAAAUUGUUGAGUAUUUGGUUUCUUAGGUCUAAGUAGGUGAAAUGAAGCAUAUAGGACCAAGUGGACUAUGCAAGAAAGCUUUUUGUGGAGUUAAAAGUCAAAACAGUAGAGUUAUAUUCAAUUAUAUUGCAAGUUUAAGUGUUAACUAUCAUAAUGCCAUGUGUAGUGAAGCUAAUUAUUUUGUUGGCUUUUGCUGUAAUCAUGUUAAUGUUUUUGCUCAUAUUUCAAAUAUCAAACUGUUUUCUGAUUAUGAUAGAAUUGAUCUUCUUUGAAAUUAUUUUAAUUCAUGUUAUUGAUUGCAUAGUUCCCACUUUAUACCCAGUUAUUAAUAUUUUAGUUUUAAUGCUUUAUUGCUGCUGCUGUAGCAUUCCGUCCUAUUUUUAUUUGUUCUAGCAUAUUUUACAUAAGUUAUGAUCUGAGAUUGUCAUAUGUCACAUUUUUUUCAACAUGCAUGUUUCUACAUUUUUUCAAUAUAUAAAUAUAUAUAGAGUACUUGCGAAGGAAAAAUAUGAAAUUAUGAUAAAUAUUGCACUAGUUAUAGGAAAAGUUAAUAUAUUAGUGAGUGUUAGGUAUGCAGAGAAGGAAUGCACACUAUAAAGAUGCUUGUGUAUUUUUAUCAAUUCAAAAUGAAACGAACUAAAAUAACAUUUGAGUGUUUUUGUUUGUAGAUUUUCAUUAAUUUAUAAGGAUUACCACAAGUUGUUAAAAUUGCCAAAAGGGUCAACAGUUACGAAUGAAUACAGAGGUUCUUGUCAUAUUAAUUUUUAUCAUGCAUGGUUGUUUCAGAGGGUAGUUUGUAAUAAAUGGCAUAGAUUUAUGACAAACAUGGUGGUUUAUAAGCAAACUUUUAGUUACCACCAAAUUUUUUGCAUCAGCGUGUUAAGCAAAGAAAUGCAUUUUGCAGUAAUAUUGCUUUUUAAAAAUUUGUGGAAUUUAGACAGAUAUGUAUAUUGUAUUUUAUUGAGGUUUGGUGCUGUAGUUUUGCAAAAGAUCAAAGAUAAGACUAACAGUAAACUACUGUAUUAUUAUUUUUAUGGUGAAAUUGAAUUUACUAUUGUGCCAGUUAUUAAAAAGUUUAAUAUUUUAUUUUAUACAUUUCUCUAGUCUGUUACAAAUUUAUACUUAAAACUUGAUAUUUUCUUACUGAUCCUCAUGCAAUAGGGUAACAUGUCAUGUAUCUAGAUAAACAAUUUUAUUUUAAUAAUAUUUCUAUGUAUUGAUUUUGCUGUGCAUGUUGCAUCACAUUUUGUGCAAACUAACUUGGAAUAAAGUGAAAUUUUGGUAAAAUCUUGUCUUUGAUCCAUCAGAAUAUGAGAUAUACUGCAAUCUGUUUGAUUCAUAGAAAUAACCACAAAGUUUUUCUUGAAUAUUUGUAUUUGUAUCUUUGGUUUUCAAGAA